UCCGGGCGCUCAGUGCAGUGCGCGGCCCAGAGUAAGCGCUCCAUAGAUACUCUCGAAUGAAUGCAAGUCGGGGGGCGGUGGGUUCGGGUUUCCCCUUUGGCCGGGUGAUUGUGCUGCCGGCUUCCCGCCCCUUGGCGUCGGUUUCAUUUCCCGAGGCCCGUUCCUCUUUCUUUCCCGGGGAGCUGCCGGCGGCGCGGCCUUCGCCAUGGACUGCCGGGGGAGGAAGGAUCAAACCGCCCCGGCCCGGCCCGCCGCAGCCCGGAGGAGGGGCAGCGCAGCCCCGGACGGUGUGAACGCAUCUCGGGGCACCGCCACUGCAGCCCGGGACCCUGGCACUGCAGCUCAGGGCAGUGGGGACGCAUCGUGGGGCACCGCCACUGCAGCCCGGAGGAGGGGCAGCUCAGCUCGGGGUGCUGGGGACGCAUCGUGGGGCACCUCCACCGCAGCCCGGAGGAGGGGCAGCGCAGCUCCGGACGGUGGGGACGCAUCGUGGGGCACCGCCACUGCAGCCCGGGACCCUGGCACCGCGGCUCAGGGCAGUGUGGACGCAUCGUGGGGCACCGCCACUGCAGCUCGGAGGAGAGGCAGCUCAGCUCGGGGUGCUGGGGACGCAUCGUGGGGCACCUCCACCGCAGCCCGGAGGAGGGGCAGCGCAGCUCCGGACGGUGGGGACGCAUCGUGGGGCACCGCCACUGCAGCCCGGGACCCUGGCACCGCGGCUCAGGGCAGUGUGGACGCAUCGUGGGGCACCGCCACUGCAGCUCGGAGGAGAGGCAGCUCAGCUCGGGGUGCUGGGGACGCAUCGUGGGGCACCUCCACCGCAGCCCGGAGGAGGGGCAGCGCAGCUCCGGACGGUGGGGACGCAUCGUGGGGCACCGCCACUGCAGCCCGGGACCCUGGCACCGCGGCUCAGGGCAGUGUGGACGCAUCGUGGGGCACCGCCACUGCAGCUCGGAGGAGAGGCAGCUCAGCUCGGGGUGCUGGGGACGCAUCGUGGGGCACCUCCACCGCAGCCCGGAGGAGGGGCAGCGCAGCUCCGGACGGUGGGGACGCAUCGUGGGGCACCGCCACUGCAGCCCGGGACCCUGGCACCGCGGCUCAGGGCAGUGUGGACGCAUCGUGGGGCACCGCCACUGCAGCCCGGAGGAGGGGCAGCUCAGCUCGGGGUGCUGGGGACGCAUCAUGGGGCACCUCCGCCGCCACCCGGGGCCCUGGCACUGCAGCCCAGGACACUGUUAACGCAUCCCGGGGCACCGCCGGUGCAGCCCGGAGGAGGGGCAGCGCAACUCGGGACGCUGGGAACGCAUCGUGGGGCACCUCCACCGCAGCCCGGGGCCCUGGCGGCACAGCUCAGGACGGUGUGGACGCAUCGUGGGGCACCUCCACCGUAGCCCGGGACCCUGGCGGCGCAGCUCGGGAUGAUGUGAACGCAUCUCGGGGUACCUCCACCACAGCCCGGGACCCUGGCACCGCAGCUCGGGACGGUGUGAACGCAUCUCGGGGCACCUCCGCCGCAGCCCGGGACCCUGGCACCGCAGCUCGGGGCGGUGUGGACGUAUCUCGGGGCACCUCCACCGCAGCCCGGGGCAUGGCCACCACAGCUCGGGAUGAGGCGAACGCAUCUCGGGGCACCUCCGCCGCAGCCCGGGACCCUGGCGGCGCAGCUCGGGACGGUGUGGACGCAUCUCGGGGCACCUCCACCGCAGGCCAGGGCAUGGGCACCGCAGCUCGGGAUGAUGUGAACGCAUCUCGGGGCACCGCCGGUGCAGCCCGGGAUGGUGCGAGCGCAUCCCGGAGCAGGGUCGCCGCCGGUGCCCCCCAGGCCUCUGGCUCCGCAGCCUCCCGGGAAUCUUGGGGCGCCCCCGGGCCCCGCACCCUGGGGCCCUGCCCCCGGGCGCGGCUGCGGACGGUGCUGGAGUCGCUGAGCCUCUGUCGCGCGGCCCGGGGGGUGGCCUCCGAGAGGGUCAACCGGCUGUGCGACCUCCUGCUCCGGGACCUGCCCGCCUGGGACCCCGCCUUCCGCCACCUCCGAAAGCUGGGCGCGGGAAGCUACUACGAGCACCUCAAGAUUUCAGCUCCGAAUGAGUUUGACAUCAUGCUCAAAUUGCCACUACCCAGAGUUAAACUAGAAGAAGUUGAUUCCAGUGGUGCUUUCUAUCGAGUGAAGUUUAAAAGAAUUCUACGAGAAAACCCCCUGAAUAACUUUUUAGAGGAUAAUGAGACACUAUCAGCUUCUAAAAUACUUUCAAAAUUUAGGGACCUCAUUAAGAAAGAAGUAAAAAACAUAAAUGAUAUGGACAUUGUUGUGGAAAGAAAGAAACCUGGAAGUCCUGCAGUAACCCUUCUUAUACGAAGCCCUACUGAAAUAUCCGUGGAUUUAAUCUUGACUUUGGAAUUGAGAAGCUCCUGGCCCCUAAGUACAAGAAAUGGCCUAAAUAUUGAGAAGUGGCUGGGAAACAAAGUAAAGCAAGAGUUAAAGUACGAACCGGUGUACCUUGUACCAAAGCAUGCCAAGGAAGGACGGAUUUUCAGAGCAGAAACAUGGAGGCUUUCCUUUUCACACAUUGAGAAGAAAAUACUAAGUAAUCAUGGACAUUCUAAAACAUGCUGUGAAUCCAAUGGAGUGAAAUGUUGCAGGAAAGAAUGCCUUAAACUAAUGAAGCAUCUUCUUGAAAAGCUGAAAAAGAAGUUUGAGGCUCAAACUGUGUUGGACAAAUUCUGUUCCUACCAUAUCAAAACGGCCUUCCUCAAUCUGUGUGCCAUUCAGCCAGAGGAUGACCAAUGGCAGUUAAGUGACCUGGAGAGAUGUUUUGACAACUGUAUUGUUUAUUUUCUUCAGUGCCUUAGAAAGAGACAACUUAUUCACUUCUUUAUUUCUACAUACAAUCUCUUCAGUCCUGACCAGAUAGCCAAGACUAGUAUAGAAUGUCUGAUAAAAGAAAUUGAAUUUGAAAGAAACAAUAUGUUCCCUGUGUUUGAUGAUUGAAAUCACACUCUUUGAAAGAGGAAAGAUUUAAAGUGAGCGCUACCAAUUAAGUUCAAAUGUAAUUGGAAUUAGAAGCAUUAAACAAUCUGAUUUUAAUUCAA